AUGGCGAAAUACGACGUGGACGGUGCAGAUGUGCUCAUAUUGAGGGACAAACUGGACAAAGUGUCGCGAAUUUCGCUUAGAAUUAAUAAAUCGCUGAAGAGCAUCGGUAGGACAACCGUUCAAUCGAAUGAACUAUUUACUCCGAUCAUGCAAUCCAAUUUAAGACUGGGGAUCCUGCAGAAAAAUAUUGAAAGUAGUCUGGAUGCUAUUUCCUCUAUAAAAGACCUGGCCAAUGAUGCUUUUAAGCACGAACUUGUUUUAUCGCAAAGCAUUGAAAAAGUGGGACUGAGACCUUACAUCAAGGCAAUUCUCAAGCUGCGAAAUAUACAAGAUAGCAUGGAUUACCAGAAACAAAACUCCCCGGAAUCUCAAGAGUUUCAAGGUGUCCGAACUCAUUUAUCAAAGGUUGUUGACUCUAGCGAGAACGAGCUGCGCAAUUAUUUCUCCUCCAUUUUGCGCAAGAUUGAGCCCUUCGACCCACAAAUCAUGCUGAACAAAAAAGUACCGUUUCCUUAUUACGCAGAUGGGGAUCUUGGCGAGCUCAGUAACAUAGUGAGCUACUUUGGUGCCAGAGACUCAUUUUCUUUGACCACCGUUGUUACCAACAAUCGUUGCCAGUUGAUUCUCAAAAGCUUGGCGUUUCUUGAACCUUUUUCAAAAGAGAUUACAAGCAAUCCAAACGUUCCCUACCGGAAAGGCAGCAGCGGCUUUCUAAACUACAGUGAAGCUAUACUUGGAUUCAUUGCCAAUGAGUCCAGCUUUACGGAGGACCUCUAUAGUCAAAGCCCAAAUGCGAAAAAUGAAGUCUUCGUGAAAAUAAUGUCUCCAGUUGUGGAAAACUACGUCAAGCUUGUAAGAAUCAAUUUAAAUUCGAUCAAAGCAAAUUUGUCAAACGUAGGACUGUUUACUUUUGAGCUGGCUGAUUGCAUUACAAAUGUUCUCAAGCUGCUCAAAAACAGCCCAUUGGCGGAAAACAAGGCAUUGACACAGUGCCGCCAGGAAACAACGUCAUUAUUGCAUUCAUUGUUCAGAGAUUUAAUAACCUACAUCGAUGGUAAAGCUGCGCAACUCUCGCAACUACCAAGUGAUAAUGGUGUGAUCGAGUCAACGAUAGAUGUAAUGUCUCGACUGCGCAAAUUCAGUGAAUACAGGUUGGGAUGCGUGAGCUGCGUAUCUGGUAUGAGACGGGAUGACUGGCUGCCCAAAAAUUACAACGAAAAAGAAUACACUCUUCAAGAACGUCAUGUUUUAAAUCAACCAAACGACCUGCUGUCGUGUUUUUUCAGCGAUUGUAUUGAUUGUUUGGUUGUAUCAUUGGACAGACGUGCUCAGCAAAUUCUCAUGCCUAAUCAAGAACCAGAUACGGCAAAUCCAAACAGUGCACGUAACACCCAUAAGCAGCGCAUUGGAUUUUUCCUCAUCACUAACAUUACACUUAUAGAGCAAAUUGUGCUGAGGUCAGAAUUAACCUCGAUCUUAGGCGAGCAAGGAAGCACCCGCCUGGAAAAACUCAAAAAGCGGUAUGUUGGUUACUUCAUCUCGGACUGGAGGACUCUCACGUCAAACUUGCUUGACGCAGUCUUCGUAGAUAGCUCUGGCAAAGUGUCCUCUAAGGAUAAAGAUCAAAUCAAGGAAAAGUUUAAGAAAUUUAACGAUGGGUUCGAAGAGCUGGCAUCAGAUUUCAAACAUUUCAAGAUUUCCGACCCAACAAUGAAGAAGCUCUUGAAAAGUGAAGUGAACUCUUUGGUUUUACCUUUAUACGAGAGAUUUCACGGACGUUACAAAGACUCUUUCAAAAAUCCGAGAAAGCACAUCAAGUAUACACCCACGGAGCUGGCAUCUGUGCUCAAUUCAUUAGAUAGGUGA